UCUAUAAAAUGGAUGCUUCAUCUGUUCAUGUUCAUCACAACCCAUCUUCUUCACUCCUUCCUCUCACAGAUCACACAAGCUACCUCACCUUGCAGAAGCUAGCUGAACCCAGUUCAUACUCACAGUCCAACAAUGGAGUCCAAGGAGCCCAUGCCUCUGCUGACCCCACACAAGCUAAGCCCUUCCCUCUCGCUCUCCCACAGAAUCAUCCUGGCCCCGCUGACCCGUCAACGGGCCUACGGCAACAUCCCACAGAAGCACCACGUGACCUACUACUCCCAGCGGGCCUCCGCCGGCGGGCUGCUGGUGACGGAGGCCACGGGCGUCUCCGACACGGCGCAGGGGUACCGCGACACGCCGGGGAUCUGGACGGCGGAGCAGGUGGAGGCCUGGAGACCCGUGGUCGACGCCGUGCACGCCAAGGGCGCCGCCAUCUUCUGCCAGAUCUGGCAUGUCGGGCGGGUCUCGACCUUCGAGUUCCAGCCCGGGGGCAAGGCGCCGGUGUCGAGCACGACCAAGGGCGUCGGCCCGCAGUUUACCUUCGAUGGGCGCGUCGAGGAGUUCUCGCCGCCGAGGAAGUUGGAGGUCGAGGAGAUACCUGGGAUUGUGGAUGAUUUCAGGAAGGCCGCCAGGAACGCCAUUGAUGCCGGGUUCGACGGCGUGGAGCUCCACGGCGCCAACGGGUACAUCAUCGAGCAGUUCCUCAAGGACAGCUCCAACGACCGCGACGACGAGUAUGGCGGUAGCCUCGAGAAACGGUGCCGCUUCGCGUUGGAGGUGGUCGAUGCCGUCGUGAAAGAGAUCGGUGGCGACCGGGUGGGCAUCCGUCUGUCACCCUUCACGGACUACAUGGAUUGUCACGACUCCGACCCACAUGCCCUCGCGUUGUACAUGUCCACCAAGCUCAAUGACCAUGGCGUGGUGUACCUCCACAUGAUCGAGCCGAGGAUGGCCAUCGUGGAGGGAAGGCGGGUGGUGCCCAAGCGACUUCUGCCAUACAAGGAGGCAUUCAAGGGGACGUUCAUCGCCAAUGGAGGGUACGAUAGGGAGGAAGGGAACAAGGCGGUCGAGGAGGGGUACACCGAUCUGGUGUCCUUCGGCCGACUAUUCCUGGCAAACCCGGACCUACCAAAGAGGUUUGAGAUUGGGGCAGAGAUGAACAAUUACGACAGGAUGACUUUCUACACCUCCGACCCCGUCGUUGGCUACACCGACUACCCAUUUCUUCUCGAAUGAUCCCCACAUCCAUGGAUCUUAGUUUCUUAAAUUUCUUUCUUUCCGUACUUGCACGUGUAAAUUCUGUUGUGGCAUGCCACAUGUAUCGAUGUUUGUUCAUUUGGUGUGCUUCAUCCAAAAUAUAAUCCAUCCAUCUUCCUUGUUA